CGCCCUCUGUCGAUGUUCGUGGGAAGUGAGUCGAGCCAUAAUCGACGAGUUUCACUACCACCGCCUCCGCCGCUGCCACCAGGCCUUUCAUCUAGGUCUUCAUCCCAGAAUAGGUCAGAGACUUAUAGAGAACCUGCGUCAGUUAUGGCAGGGCCAGGGCCGCACAUUGUCGUCUCGCCUGAUAAUCUCCACUCGACACAAUUGAGCGACGAUAGCAACAUGCUUGAGCCUACUCAACCCUUUGAUACGGAUCGGCCCCCAGCUGCAAGAAGGGCCGUAUCUGCUGGGCCAGCCGUCAACAGUGCGAGUUCAUCAAGAGCUCAUAGUCAGUCUGGAGCACGAUCCCCUCCGGGAACUAGUUGGGAACCGGGAAUGCCCCUUCCUCCACCCCCACCAGGACCGCCGCCGGCCACAAGGUCACAGAGCGUGAAUGGUCUCUCUGACUCGUCGUCAUCCCGGAACUCGCAAGGUCCUGUUAGGGGUGGCAGGGCACGGCCGCCUCCGGUUUUAGGCACAAGUUUGGAUAGCAUUCCACCAACACCAGCUGGAUGGGUCGAUGAAACAAUCGAUGUUAAACCCAGGACAGAGAGGCAACCACUAACCAUUGACACGGCAACUACAUCCAAUACGAACGGGCCGGAAUCUCUAGAGUCGUCUCGCGGAAGUCAUAAUCCCAAUAGUGGUGGUCUGUUUCGGAGCCCAGCUAUCAAAGACCCAAAUGCUAAAGGCAUCCGAGAAAGGAGGAUUGAACGCCGGAACAGGCAAAGCCAGGUGCUUGAUAGCCUCAGUGCUGUCUCCAUGAGCAGCAACCCCUGGGCUGAAGCUCUCGAACAACUAAAACCCUCCAACCUAGUCUUGGGAGAAUCGAGCGUGGACACGGAUAACGGCCGAAACCCGACUUCGGCCAAAGCUGCACCUCUUAGCACUCGUAGCAUUUCUUCUGAUGGCCCACAAAUCACAUCACGAUCUAGGGCGUCUUCUGGAGGUCUAUUUUCAAACCGGUCCUGUUCCACCCCCAAGCCUGAGCCGAGUCCUCAAGCACCGACCUCAACUUCGCGGUUUGCGCAGACGCCGCCAUUUUCACCGGGCACAGAAAGGUCGUCUGCAUUCCCCAAACGUACAUCGCCAGCACUACCUCCCAAAGCCCUACCGACGCCCCCUCUGCAAUCUGGUUCAGAAACUACACCGUCUCGGCCUGGGUCCAAAGAAGAACGACCAGUCUCACAUAUACUACACCUUCCAAACGAGCCUGUGACUACAGUCUCCCCCUUAGCCCCACGUCGCGUGUCGGCCCAGCAAAAUCCCUCUCUCGAUUCUGUCAUUAAACGCGAUGACGAUUAUGUCCGGAACGCUAUACAGAGACAUCGUGAGUUCAUUGAGAAGGAGGCCGGCACGGUGGAUGAGAAAGAAGCAUUGCGGUUGUUUGCCGACUUCAUCAUCUCAGAGUCCCAGAUCCGGCGUGAGAGGUAUGCUAAAGUAUGGGACCUGGAUUCUUUUGAUGUUGAAAGUGUACGCCGUAAAUUGUUUGUCUCCCCUCCCAAACCAGCGCCGGUGCCACAGACCAGCCAGGUAGUACCCGGUCCAUCUUCUAGAAGGGCGUCCAACCCUACGGCGCCUAAGCUGGACAUACCCCAGGUACGUCCAGAAUCGGCCUGGUGGAACAAUUAUCAGCCGUGCCUCUCACCAAUCGCAAGUCUUGGGCUGAGUAAUGACGAGAUGAGCUCGAGGGGACGGGCGCCUAGUCGAUGGUGGGAGUCAAAGACUGGUUCUAGCAGUGAAGGGGGGGAGCGAAGAGUGCAGAGGUCAAAGAGGGAGACCAAAUAUAUGGGAUUAUCACGCGGGGCUCUGCUAUGGGAGGAAAGUCAGGGCUCGUCUGACACAGGGAAUGCCGGCACAUCGAAUGGGGGUAAUCAGUACGCUGCAUAUGGUCCCGAUGAAUACCCUCCCGAAAAGGUUGGGUGGCACGAGGAGCCUGCCCUGGAAGACUACUCCAACAAUGUCCGCCUCGGAUCUAGUAGGCGGUUUGAAGAAGUGCAGAGGAUGGAUGUCUCGAGACUGAUCACCUUGCCACCACCGUAUCCCCGACACUAUCCUGCGGUCAACAACAGCCAUCCUGACCUCGUUACUUAUCGCACAUUGGUGCGAUCAAUUACAGACUUAUCGGAGAUCAAGACCGCCAGGCAGCGACACCAAACGGAAAUGGAUGGGCUGUUCCAAGAUCACCAAGCACGAGUCCGAGAGGGACGUCGGCAAUUCAAGGCCAACAUCCAGAGUCAAAUCCAACAAGGCAGUAUCACCUUUGCGGAGGCGGCAGAAGCAGAGGCUGCAUUGAUUGUGGAGGAAAACCGGCUUGAAAGAGAUCUGAUAAAGGGAGGGCUGGACACAUACCAAGAAUCAGUAUUCAAGCCGAUGCGUGCGAUUCUUGCAGACAGGAUUGACAGGGCUACGGCGUGCAUUGACGAGCUACGUGGCAGGCUGUUUGACGACGCACGAUCCGAGACCCCUGACCAAACACAGGAGGAAGGGGAUGAGAAGCCAGAGCUCCUGGAGAAGCUCACACAACUCAAAUGGUUAUUUGAAGCGCGUGAGCAAUUACACCGCGAGGUAUUUGAUCUAAUCAGCGAUCGCGACGAGAAGUAUAGAGCCGUGGUCCUACUACCCUAUAAGCAAGCCUCCAAUGAGGACAAAGUACGCGAGACCAAUGAGUUCUUUGUCAAAGAUGCCUUGGAUCGCCGGGUGGACUACGAGGCCAAUGCUUUAGCACGUCUCGAAUCCUUCCUAGAUGUGAUCGAGGGAAAUGUAGCGCGUGGGGUGGAGAUACAGUUGUCAGCAUUCUGGGACAUUGCGCCGUCUCUGUCAGAGUUGGUGCAACAGAUCCCUGAGAAACUCCGUGGAUUUACGGUCCAGAUUCCGGCCAACGAAUACGAGGAGAACCCGAGUUACCGGGCACAUCCGCUGCAGUACCUGUAUACGCUGGUAUCUCACGCGGAAAAAUCCAGUUACCAGUAUAUUGAGUCGCAAAUUAACCUUUUUUGCCUACUACACGAGGUUAAGUCCGCUGUUAUGAGGGCCAGUUGCAACCUCAUGGAGGCAGAGCGAAUCCGCCUGGGCGAGUCCGAGGGCAAGGUGCAGCAGGAAAUGCAGGAGACCCGUACGGACGAAGAGCGCACAUUGACAAGCGAUCUAAAAGACAAGGUUGCUACCGUGGAGGGCCAGUGGGCAGAGGCCCUGGGAAGUGGGAUUCAGCGCCUACGCGAGCGAGUGAAAGAGCAGCUAAUGGUGGAAGAUGGAUGGGAGGAUCUGGAGCAAUUGGAGCAGGCAUAAAUGAAGCAAAGUUGUUGUUUGUUAACGAGUGAUGACUGACGAGGGGGCUAUCAAGAGGUUAUUUCUGCAAUGUUGUUCUAUGCUGUUUCCUGGUUGAUGGAUUGAUUGAUUGAUUUGAUUGCUGUGUCGCUAGAAGAUACCCACAUUCGUUUGCAGCUGCGAAUCCACUUGAUGAUUGAUUGAAUGAUUGGAAUAAAUGGAGAUAACCUGGUAAGAUUGUUCCUCCGCGCCGAUGACCGGACGGGUAGCCACGUGACCGUUGCGGCUUCUAGAGGUUUCCUU